UUUGCCUCGAAGGUCCAUCUUGCUUCUGUCGUCGUUACCGUCACGGUCUGCCCGCGCGCCGUCGGUGUUGUUGUUGCAGUAAAUAAUGGCGGCAUCGGGAGGCGGAUUAUCAUCUCACGCUACCGUCGCCAGAGCUCGCUUCCCGGGCCGGCCGUGCACGGCUCGCAGCAGGCUGCGGUCGGAGAAACGUACCAGACGCGGAAGGCUGGGCUCUGACGACGGGGAGCUGGCUGCUGGAGGGCCGAGGCCCGUAAACAUCGGCCUAGCGUUGAGUGAGGAUCCGUCCCUGCUGCGUCUGCUCGGGGUGACGGAGAAGCACAGGCGGCAGCGAGAUGCGGGCUUCGACUCCAGCGACAGCGAGGAGGAAGAAGAUUUCACUGGAUUUGGGACCACAACAGUUCGUCCACAGAAAUCUGCUACUAAGUCGUCGUCACUCAGCCAAGCAAAGCCUCCCCGAGCUUCAGAACAUUCUCCAGCAGCAAAACCUCUCAUUGGAAAAAUUAUACCCAAGACCCCAAAACCUGCUCUAAUUGGGAAAAUUGUACCAAGGGUCCCUAAAGAAGGCCAAGGUGUCAAAGAGAGCCAGGUAAAAGACAAAGAAAUACCCAAGGUGGUCAUUAAACUGCAUGGCAAGCAUGUUCCUCUCCCUGCAAAUGCCUCAGGUAGACAGAGCAGUACAGACUCAGGCAGCACGCAAAACCAAACAGCCGCUACCUCAGCUAGGGGCACAAAGCAAGAUAAGCUGGUGAGCACCCUGACUGCACUCAAGGGCAAAGAAAAAGCUUCCAAGGUCAAAGAACAAGGUGAGGUGUCAGAGGACUCAGAGACAGACCAAGCCCAGCCGCAGAGGUCUGUGAAACCGAUGAAGGGUUUUCGACUCGGGCAAACCAGACGCACAUCUCCAGCUGUCACACUGUCGUUCACAUCGUUUCACAGGCGGCAGAGGAAGAGGAUGGGGAAGGACAUGGGUGCCUCUCCUGAGGUCGGAGCUGAGGCCGGUGCACAGAGCGGACAUGAGGCAGCGAUGCCCCUCGAGUGUAAAGCCACAGAUUCCUCUGAGAAAAGAACACCCAAAAAAUAUCAACGCAAAUCUUUGUUCGGGCACAGGCGAAAGACACCAAAAACUGUUCCGCUCAUUAAAAGUCCUAAAAUCGUUCGUAAUCGCACUAGGCGUGUUUACUACACGUAUGUACCAGAAACCAUUCCAGCCACACGGACGCAGGACAGGAAUGAGCAGCAUCCGCACGGUGAGAAUAUCACUCCAUCUGAAGGAGAGCCAAGCUCGUUUUCUGAACAAGUCCAACAGAGCUCCAACAACUCCUCCACUCCUGUAAUGAGCGCUCGGUCCUCUCGCGUCAUCAAAGCCCCUAAGAGGUUCCUGGAUGAGGAAAUGAUUCCCUUUCCAAAGGGUCCUCUGUCAACGUGGCUGAAGAGUCAACAGAGAGAGGACGAAAAACAGAGCGCAUCAUUUCAUGAGUCAGGUUAUGACGGCAACUCGUUACAGUCUGACAGCGACUCUGUUUCUAUGGCUGACAGCCCAUCUGCUCUGAGGUUCACAUCGCAGCCCAGUCCGGGCACGAGCCACCUAGAUAUCUACAAGAACCUCAAGAAGCUGACCUUGAAACUGGCAGAGAAAAAGAGAGGCCAGUUUGACACUCAGGGGGAUUAUAUGCAUCUCGGGGAUGGUUUGACCUCUCAUGUCAGGAAGAGGCGGAGGUCAAAGCUCGUGAUGGAGGAGAUGGACUCCCCUGGUGUUGUGAGGAAACUAGCCGUGGUGGUGAACGCUGAUGUGGAAGCACCAUCGCAUCUACCGCUAGGAGAUACAGGCAAGAAAACAGGAAGCACGGCUGGGGAUGUCCGAGAGGCGUUAGAGGUCAGUGGUCCCAGUCAUCGAAUUGGUCUCAGUGGAGCUAAUAAGAGGAUGCUCCACCUGCUGAAGAAAGCCAAAGUUCAGCUCAUCAAGAUCGAUCAGCAGAAACAGCUCAAGUUGUCACAGUUGGGCUCCAGAGAAUCUCAUGUGGCAGCAAGUGGAAGGAGGAGGAGGAGGAGAGUUGGCAUAUCUCCCAAAGAUAUUAGCCCUCAGGAGCAGCCGCUGGGCGGUCCAAGGAUCAAGCACGUCUGUCGGGCAGCAGCAGUAGCGUUGGGGCAGCCCCGUGCCAUGGUGCCAGACGAUAUUCCUAGACUCAGCGCGCUGCCUCUUCACGAGCGAGAGGGCAUCACCUUUUCCCCUGCAGCAGAAGACAUCGCAGACGAUGACGACGACAUCGCCGAUCAGGGCAGGGCUCAGUGGGUUGCCUCUCAGGAACACAUCCAGCGGAGGAGGAGAGGCAGGAGGAAGGGCCACAGGUUCAGAAAAAGGAGCGUACUGAGUCAAUACGCAGCCGGGGGUGUUCGGUCCCGGCGCUGUGGACGGUGCAAAGGCUGUUUGAUAGAGGAGGACUGCGCAAAGUGUGUCAACUGCCUGGAUAAACCCAAGUUCGGGGGGCCCAACACCAAGAGACAGUGUUGCAUAUACAAGAAGUGUGAUCGGAUUGAAAAGGCAAAGAUUCAGCGCAUUGUCCGACCGUUGAAAGUCCAGGCGAGGCGGUUCUCUGCCUCCGCGUCAAGCGGUGACAAUGCAGACUGGGGGAUUGGAGGGUCGGGCGAGGGAUCGUCCUCCAUGACGCCAAGAGUCAGGAAACAGUCCCUGCGCAACAUCACACCACGCUCCUACAGCAGCCUGCUGAAGUCUGAAUCUGAAGAUGAAGAAGAAUCGGAAGAGGAGAAGACUGAUAAACCCACAGUCAAGCCAAAUCUAGCUGCAGUUAGCAACCAAGAUCUUCCUACUCAAGAUGGUGGAUCAGUGCCAGAUGACCCUCCCCCAGAGGCCGUGAAACAUCGUCGGCCGUUCUCCAGAGGAGCUGGGAGCAGACCCCGAGCUUACAAGGAACAGGAGAACACGGAAGAGACGGAGCCCAGAGAAACUUUCCCUGAAUCCAGCCCAACCAGGAGCCCAUUGCCGAAGCUGCAGCAGCAGCUACAAAUAAAAUUACACCGUCUGCCUGAUUUUAUCCUGCAGUCUGCUCUGUUGUUGCCACAGCAGUCGCCCCAGUGCCUGGAUCAAUGCGAUGCAAAGACGCAUCCAAAAUUGUCCCAGCCUGUAACACAGCUCGCUAUUUCACAUUCAGCACAUCCCGUAACACAAUCUCCUCCAGAAUUGUCCCUGCCUGUAACGCAACCCGCUUCUCCACUUUCACCACAUCCCAUAACAGACUCUCCACAGAAAUCCCUGCUGUUACGUCUGCACCGUUUGCCGCAGUCUCUGGUGCAGUCAGACUUGCAUUUGUACAAAUGUGUAUCAUCAUCAUCAUCAUCUCGACAACAUCCACAGUCCAUACCGCACUCAGCUCUGACUGAGUCAAAGUCGUGUUGUCAGGGACGAUCAGUGUCUGAGGUGCAGCACCCAGACGUUUUGACUGAGAGAGCUGACAAAGAAAAAACUGUACACGGAGUGGAGCAAGAGCUCUGUCAGACUGUCGAUCCAGACACAGAGUUACAGGAGAACACACACGACAAGCAGGAGGAUGAACGAAGGGAUCAGCCUGAAGAGAAGGAAGACACCUCUGUAGAAAAGACAGUGCUGCAACACUGUCCAACAACUGACCCACACUGUGUCCUUCGUUCCCAGAGUCCUGCAGAGUGUGCGUCAGUGAACACCCUGACGGGGUUAACUAACGGAUUUCCCCAAAAGGGCCUGUUGCAGAACAAGCACAAGAUCCGCGUGGAUUUCAAGGAGGACUGUGCUGUCCAGAAUGUAUGGCUGAUGGGCGGCCUCAGCGUCCUUACAUCUGUCCCCACCACACCACAACCGGUCUGUCUGCUCUGUGCCAGUAAAGGACGACAUGAGAUGAUCUACUGCCAGAUUUGCUGCGAGCCUUUCCACAGUUUCUGCCUCUCACCUGAGGAGCGCCCCAAGGAGGAGAACAAGGAGAACUGGUGCUGCAGGCGCUGCAAAUUCUGUCACGUGUGCGGCCGUAGAAGCAAGAACACGAAGCCUGUGUUGCAGUGCAUGAGAUGCCAAACCGCCUACCAUCCUUCCUGCCUGGGACCAACAUACCCUAAGCCUAUGAACUGCAGCGUGCCCUGGGUGUGCAUGACAUGCAUUCGGUGCAAAAGCUGCGGUGUGACUCCUGGAAAGAGCUGGGACAUGGCCUGGAACCACGAGCAGGAUCUCUGUCCUGACUGCACUUCUCUCCACAAGAAAGGUAAUUUCUGCACCGUCUGCCACAAGUGCUACGACGAGGGCAACCAACACACGCAGAUGAUUCACUGUUCAGAGUGUAGCCACUGGGUUCAUUACCAAUGUGAAGGACUUUCAGAGGAGCUGUUUGGGCUGCUGUCAAGCCAACCAGAAGAAGUUGUUUUCACCUGCUCACCCUGCAACGAGCACCAGCCUGAACUCAGCAGCUUGAGAGAAGAGCUCCAGAGCAGGCUGAUGGACGGUCUGGAGGAGGUGCUCACUGACCUCCUCUCCUCAAACAUCACCCAGUACCUCGUUCUCUGUAAAGCGUGUCAGGAAACAAACAAGACAGAACUUGUCAGAGAACAGCACCCGGUGUGUGAUCUACAGGCCAUGGACAAGAAGUUGAAAGGAGGUGGUUACACCUCAAUAAAAGCUUUCCAUGCUGAUGUCGUCUUUGUGAUGAAGAAGUGGGUGAAGGAGGAGGAUUUUCUCCCUGAGGAUGAGAGGCUGACCAGUCAGGCCAGGGAACACUAUGUCAAACUGAUGGAGCAGGUUUUCAGUUGGUUUCCUGGACACCGUCUAAAAAAGUGGAGCUCGUUCUCUGAAGAAUUCCCAAGUGGCAUGCUCCCUGAAGCUGUCCUUCCACCAUCUAAGGAGCACAGCUAUGCACAGUGGCUGAAGAGGACAUACCAGCUCAAGGAGUCCAGGGGCCCACAAGCGGGGAAAACUGACUCUCUGUUAUCUUCAGUCGCUACUCUCCAGUCUGGUGCAUCACACAGCCUCCCUCUCCAUUCGCAUGGUGUAACGAGUGAUCUGGAAACCACCAAGACUGAGGAUGCGAGGCAGUGUGCACUGUGCCAACAAUGUGGAGACUCAGCUCCUAGUGAUGCAGGACGGCUGUUGUACUUGGGACAGAAUGAAUGGGCUCAUGUUAACUGCUGCCUUUGGUCUGCAGAGGUUUAUGAGGAGAAUAGUGCUCUUUUGCAAGUGCACAGUGCAGUCUCAAGGGGGCGCCACCUGCGUUGUGAUCGUUGUGGGCAGUCUGGAGCCACUGUGGGCUGCUGUCUUGCCACCUGCCAGAGUAAUUUCCACUUCAUGUGUGCUCGAGCCCAAAACUGCGUGUUCCAGCAGGACAGGAAGAUGUACUGCUACAAGCACAGGGACCUUGUUAGUGCAAAGAUGGUGUCUGGGAAAGGGUUUGAAGUCCCUCGGCGGGUAUACGUGGACUUCGAGGGGAUCAAUCUCAGGAGAAAGUUCCUCACAGGCCUUGAGCCAGAAUCCAUAAACAUGACCAUUGGCUCCCUGCAGAUUCAGAAACUUGGAGUGUUAACAGAACUCUCGUCAAAUGGGAGGAUGUUAUAUCCUGUUGGAUAUCAAUGUUCUCGUUUGUACUGGAGCACCGUGGAUCCCCGCAGGCGCUGUAAGUAUACCUGUAAGGUGACAGAAGCGAGCACACCUCUCCCUGGUGAGGAACAAGAUCCAAGGUGGGACCAAGAAGAGAAUCACACCAUAGUCCACAGUCCCAACCACCACAGAGAUGUGGAGUCCCCAGAAUGUUUAAGUGCUUCAUCCAGCCCAGUUAAGUCCACUACCCCGUCACCCAACUCUAAACAGCACAAUAUACCUGGUUCCAAAAGUCCUGGUGGCUACACACAGACCAGGAGACCAGCAGGAGGAUCCUCUCGACCUCUACCAUCACCAGGGUCCACCCUUCCCAAAUCACGUCACAUUCUCACAUUGCGGGACCUGGAGGACACCCGUCGGCCUCGCAGGCUGUCAUCAAGGAGCCGCCGCAGCUCCUCCCCGACUGACAGCGACCCAUCUGUGUCAAUGACGCUCCGCUCUGGUGGUACCAUCCACUCCAGGUGCGCUCUGUUCAGCUCCCCUCCAAGAUCGUCAAACUUGGGAUCAGCCUCGCCUCCUCUGUCACGGCAAAACUCAGCAUCACCAGUCUGGAGCUCCCCACCUAGAUCUAACUCCAGCAUCUCUGCAGGGCUUUCACCUCGACAAGGAGCCAUCACUCACUCCCCUAGAGGGAGGCAAAACUUUAAAAUAACCACUCCAUUCUCUGCCGAGGUUCCCCAAGACUUCCUAGCAUCAUCUGAGGCAGAAGAUGCAGCAGUAGCCACGACCAAUGGGAUCUCACUAGCACCUGAUAACCUUGAGGAGGAAGUAGCCCACUUGAUGUCCCAGGAACUGCCCUACACCGUGUUUGACACUGACACAGAGGUAGCAGUGGCCUCCAUGCUGAAUGCUAAGCUUGAGUUUGAUGAGACAUUGCUCACUGAGAAUGUGGUACUUCACUGCGGAGCACAGGGUGGGCGGGGGGAGGUGGAAGGUGUAGUGCAAGAUGUGGAAAUGCAGGAGGAUAUUCAGGAGAAAGACUCUGAAGGCGAAGACUCUAGCCAUUAUUUUAAAUUUUCACGUACGGUGGUCUGUGAGGCAGCUAGCACCUCAGCUCUGCCGUCAGCACAGUCAAUCUCACAGUUAGACGGGGCGGACGGCGGGUCAGAGAGCGAUGAAAGCGAGGAGAUCGAUGAUGAGGCACAAGAAACAGAAAGUGAAGAGUCUAUAAUUCACACCAACCAUAAUACACCUACUAAACAGCUGACAGUUGCUCUAAAGAGGCUGGAAUCUAUUUACACUGUGCCAAAGUCAACAGUUGAACAAGGUACAAUUGAGGAAGAGUUUCAGGAAAAUUCAUCGCCAUCUGCUGUUUUUGAAGCCUUUGACUCAAACAAUGACAUGUCACUUCAAGAAGAAGAGGUUCUGAUGAGCUCUGAAAUGCCAACAUCUCAAAAUGAGGUGUUUUUGGAUUCGUCUACAGGACAUUUUGUUUCUGCUGAAGAUGGCGCUUUAGUGUACCCAAAUAACAAAAAAGUUGAAGAUAAAGAGGACACUUGUUCAUCAGCUGACUCAGUAGAAGGUUAUAAAGAUGACUUGAAUGACCCGGACUACUCUCCAGAACCUAAAACCAAAAAAUCUCCCACAGCGCAGAUGAAAACCAUUGUUAUGAAGCAAAAACGUCCCGCAUCGAACCUCAAACGCGUGUCGCCUAAACCGUGUCUUCAACAGCAGCACAAACUCAAAUUGUUGUUGCCAGCACGAACGACAGAGACUGUAAAUAAUGCGUCUGUUUCCGCUGCUGCUUCCACUUUUUGUGCAAUUCCACACACAGCCACCUCCUCCCUUGUGAUCAAUGGUUUGAACGCUGUACCUGUUCAACCUGCCGCCGCACGGGGCAAACCCAUCGCCAUCCGCUUGGACAGUUCGAGGCUGGGAAGUCAGCAGCAGGUGGUGGUUCAGAGUCAGGCCGCAGCCGCUAACACAGCCCCGUCCCCAGCUCCUGCCCAUCAGGUUCUGCUGGUCAACCGUCAAGGUCAGAUCCUGAUCAAAGACCCGGUAUCAAACACUUAUCAGUCACUCAGUACAGAUUCACCUACCUACAAUAAAAUAAGCCAGAUCGCCAAGAUUCUCCACAGUGGUAACGCCUUACAGCGCUCCGUCCCUCGUGUGAUAGUAAGGCCUCGCACCAGCGACUCGGCCACAAACGUCCCUUCUGCCGGUAACCACACGGCAACAUCCGAGAGAAAAAUCAUUGUCAGAGUGGUGCCUGUGAAACGCAGCGGCACUUCCACUUCCUCAACUACUGUCAAUGUGCAGAGUGUUCCUGAAGCAACUUUUUCCAACAUUGAAGAAACCACGGCUCAAGCUAUCAUCGACAGAGCAAUGGCUACCCACCGCGACGCACCAAAGACGAAACCCAACAUCCUCAGUAGCGCCCGACAGCCAAAGGCCAGACAUCGAAGAUCAUCCCUACUUCAGGACAAGGAACACCCAGAUCAGUCAACAGUCGCACAUUCAGAGUCCCCCAGUGGUGUCCUCAGUGUGCCAGUCAGCAGCCUGCAGCCAACAUCUGCUUCAUCACGCUCGCAGGUGCGUGUCAAGAGAGUGUCGUCAGUCUCUGAAAGGCCAUCCAGGAAGAAAUCCAAGAUGGACUUCUUGAGGGAUCCCUCAAGUGAGCUGGAUGAAGUUAAUGAUUCCAGAUCGAGUGGUGUGAGAAUUAAAGCUCCAACAAUGAAGGAUGUUCUUGAUCUUGACCAGGAGAAAAUGUCUGAGCCUGAGCCAGAGCUGCUGAGGAUUACUGCUCCACCACCUCCUGCACACUCCAGGCAUUCUCAGGCGGAGUCUCCACCCUCAUGCCCACAAACCAACAGUUACAUUCAAGGUAAAACACACAUGUGGGUCAGUGCUCGCCAUGGAGACCUCUCUGAAUGGGGCCCAUAUUCAGGUUUUAGCUCAGACGAUGAUAUGCAUGUACCAAGACACAAGAAGAGGACGUACAUGAACCAGCCUCACCUGCGCUUUGAAAUCACCAGCGACGACGGCUUCAGUGUCAAGGCUAACAGUAUAGAGGUUGCUUGGCGUGCAGUGAUCGAAGGUGUCCUCGAGGCUCGGGCGGGCUUCCACCUGAAGCAGCUGCCUCUUGGCGGGAUGAGGGGCCCGCGGGUGCUCGGUGUCGUCCAUGACGCUGUCAUCUUCCUGCUGGAGCAGCUGCAGGGUGCUGCGAACUGCAAGCGCCACCGCUUCCGCUUCCACCGCUGUGACGACAUUGAGGAAGAACUUCCCCUCAACCCAAGCGGCUGCGCUCGUAGUGAAGUCUAUUCACGGAAAGCAACUUUUGAUAUGUUCAACUUCCUGGCAUCACAGCACAGAGAUCUUCCGGAUAUCGUAGGCCCCUUUGAUGAAGAGGAGGAUGAAUUCCCACUGAAAUCUUCCAGGCGAGCCACCAGCAGCGAGCUUCCCAUGGCGAUGAGAUUCAGACACUUGGAGAAAAUCUCCAAAGAAGCAGUAGGCGUUUACAGAUCUCAAAUUCAUGGGCGAGGCCUUUUCUGCAAGAGGAACAUCGACGCCGGGGAAAUGGUGAUUGAGUACGCCGGCACUGUCAUUCGCGCCGUCCUGACUGAUAAGCGGGAGAAAUAUUAUGACAGCAAAGGCAUCGGAUGCUACAUGUUCCGCAUCGACGACUUCGACGUGGUGGACGCGACCAUGCAAGGCAACGCGGCCCGUUUCAUCAACCACUCUUGCGAGCCCAACUGCUACUCCCGCGUCAUCAACGUGGACGGCCGCAAGCACAUCGUCAUCUUCGCCCUGAGGAAGAUCUACCGCGGCGAGGAGCUGACCUAUGACUACAAGUUCCCCAUCGAGGACGAGAACAGCAAGCUGCACUGCAACUGCGGGACGAGACGCUGCCGUCGCUUCCUGAAUUAAUUCCUCGCGCACGCACCACCACUACCAAUAGCCAUCGUGUUCGACGCACUUGAAUUCAGGAGUUGAAUGAAAUUAUAAAGGCGACCGCUGCGUGUGUGUGUGUGUGUGUGUGUUUUUGUGGUUGCUGACACAUACAGACCUGAUCUACUGAAAGUUUGUUGGAAUCAUAAUUUAUUGACUGGUCGAGGGCAGCGUGCAUUUUGUUUUCAUUUCUGUCCUCUGAACUGCUGUUAACAGUCACAGAAACCAGAUUAGAGCCAUAAGUCAAAUCUCGGGAUGAAGACUAUUUAUGUUAUUUCAGACUGCUGGAUUGUUGCUCUGUUACCAAGUGCGGUUUAAUUAACGAAACUGCACCUUUUUUUUUUUUUUUUUGGAUUUGUGUACUGUUUUAAGACAUCUCAUAUACCACCACACACACUUUUGGUUUUUAAAGCCUCUGCUGGAACUGGGACUACACAACAAUUACCAGCUUCAAAUGGUGCAAACUAAAAUAAGCAGAUUGCAGUAAUUACUUAUUAUUAUUAUUAUUAUUCUGCUGGUGACAGAGUGUCUUUGUAAAUAAAAGGUCCCAGAGAAGGACGAGGAGAAUUUGUUCAGCACCUUACUUUGACACAAACCUUCUCUGUAUGCAGCAAACAGGACAAAUUUUAUAUAUCGGCACAAAUUAAACACUCAAGACGCCUCUUGUACAUUGUAGUGCAGCUACAUUUUAACACCACUGGAUACCACAGGUUUUUGUGAGCAGGGAUUCUGAUAUUUUCCUGUUCUUACUUUUUAUAAAGGUGCUGGUGACAUUUACCCCAAGAGGUAGUUUUAAUAUAGUCACCCAAAACCUUUUCCCCCCCUCUCCCCCCCACACACAUUCAGUCAGUUUUUAUUUCUAAACGGCAGAGAUGCUGUGAACUAAACGCUUUUAUCUGGCAAUUACAGUCUGUUGUUUGUUUAUUUGUGUAUGUUUGUGUGUUUAAAGGUCUAUAAGGGAGAGUUCCUUGUUGCAGAGUUCACAGUGAAUAUAGUGAUGAUGCUCUGCACAGUCCCUUAUAAGCCUUUUUUUUCUUUUUUGCAUUUUUUUGUAUAUUUGAACAAUAAAUGUAUAUUCAAGAAGCUGAUGGAAAUAAAUGUGUUUGAGCUUUUAACUUUCUAUUUGUAAGUGAAGGCUGAGUAACAGAACUGAAGCUGAUCCUAAGUUAAUUUUUUCUUGCAGUUGUUUUGCACCCUCUUCCGCCUCUUGUUUUUUUUGUUUUGUUUUGUUUUGUUUUUGUCUCACAGGUGUACUACCUCAAGGCAUUAUGAAGCAAGAUUUAAUUUAAUUACACAACACAUUUGGUGAAAAGCUGUUUUCUCAUUUCCUUGUUCAAUCAUAUAAAAAGUGCAAAUCAUUACAUCUUGAUGGUCAAAUGAAUAACACCAAUACUCUGACAUAUUAUGCCUGCAAUUAUUUCAUAAGAAUAGGUAGCCACUGUUGUUUUUUUUUUUUUUUUCCUUUGUUGUUUUGUGUGUUUUGUGCUCAGUUGCUCCUGUGUGCAACCACACCCUCGUAACGGACGUAGAUACGAUCCUAGUGUUUAGGUUAUGGUUUGACUUGGUCUCAACUCAAGUCCUGAAUGCCGUUGAUGUAUGUUUUGGGCUGUUUUUUUUUUGUUUGUUUUUUUUGUUUUUUUAGGAUUAUUGAAUUUGACAUGCUAAAGCUUUGUUACUUUAUCGGCUCACAAUGGAUCUGUGCCUGUAUAUAGUUGUAUAAAGAAUUUCUAAACCUGUUAAAUAUUUUUUUACCUACCUUUUUUUUUUUUUUUUUUAAUUUAUGUUCCAAUAAAAAUUUGACAUGUUCCAAAUUUCCUUUCCUUUUAUUUUCUCAAUCAAUAUGUUUAGCAUUCAGUAAAUAUUACAGUAAAUUAAAUAAAUGAAAAUAUCACUUGUGAUUCUUAAGUGAAUGUCCAUGCAGUACAUUAUAAAUAUGUAAAAUUUGUGAUGUUUUUUGUCAAACAGAAGGUCUGGUCAGCCUGGUUGUAUAAGGAGGGUUAUCUUAAGUUACUGUAGGUUGGUCAUUCUGAUGCUACACAUAUAGAAAAGAUCAAUUAUCAAUUAGAUCAAAAUAUAAACAUA